AUGAAGUUCAUCUCCAUCGCAAUUUCCAUCCUCGUCGCAGUCUUCUCAGCCAUCAUCUUCAGGGAGCACGUCGUUGACUUCGCGGCCACAACCUUGGAGACACUGAACCACUACUAUAGGGAUAGUUUCAUUACUACGAAAGACGAUACAGCGACCUCGAACGCUUCUCCCUCACAAGAAGCCGUAACAGCCAACAUGUCUGUACCAAGAGCGAUCCGCAAAGUCUUCCUUGCCAUCGAGCAAGCCGAAGGCGCGGGCGCUCGAGUGCGCCGUUCCAUCGGCACGCCCCAGCUCCGCAACUUCUCCCCUUUCCUGAUGCUCGACCACUUCAGCAUCAAGCCCGGUGCCGGAUUCCCCGACCACCCUCACCGAGGCCAAGAAACCAUCACAUACCUCCUGACUGGCGCAGUCGACCACGAGGACUUCGCCGGCAACGCGGGGACGAUCGAGGCCGGCGACCUCCAGUUCAUGACUGCUGGAAAGGGAAUCCUGCACGCCGAAAUGCCGAGGCAGAACCCCGACGGAAGCGCAAACGUCGGUCUUCAGCUAUGGGUGGACCUGCCCAAGGAGCUCAAGAUGUGCGAACCGAGAUACAGAGAUCUGAAGGCCAAGGAGAUUCCCCAGGUCGAUAUCGACGAUGACAAGGUGCACGUCAAGGUUAUCUCUGGGCAAUCCGCCGGCGUCGACAGUGUCAAGGACUUGGCCUACACGCCAGUCUGGAUCCUGGAUAUCGAGAUCAAGCCCGGUGGCAAGAUCGCGCAGUCCAUACCCAAGGGUUGGAAUGCGUUCGCGUACACAUUAGAAGGAGUUGCCAAAUUCGGGUCUGGAAAGGACGAGAAGAGCGUCGAUCAAUACCACAACGUCGUCUUCGAGCGGGACGGCGAUUUGAUGGAGGCCUCGGUUCCAGAAGAUGCGAAGAGCAGCGCCCGCUUUGUUCUGAUCGCUGGCCAGGUCCUCGACCAGGAGGUCGUGCAAUAUGGCCCGUUUGUCCUCAGCAGCAAGGAGGAGGUAUACCAGGCCCUCUUUGACUACCAGACCCACUCGAACGGAUUUGAACGGGCAAAGGACUGGAAGUCGGAGAUUGGAAAGUCCAUGGUCCAAUAA